AUUCAUAAUUUCUCUGAAUCCAUUAGAAAUGCUAGUAAAUUAGAACAUGCAUGCACUUCAACGAGGGUGAUCAAGUUACACUUGAAGACACGGAGCUAACAUGUCACAUUGUACGGUACUUCUCCAAAUUCUUAAACAUUGUAAAACUUCUUUGGAUUCCAAAACCCUUGCAAAAACUCACGCAAGGGUCACUGUACUUGGUUAUGCCACAUACCCAUCUCUUGAAGCGUCUCUAAUAUCAACCUAUGCACAUUGUCACCAACCCCACAUAGCCCAUCAUGUGUUUUCCCGAGUUAUGAAUUUGUUCAACAUGAAUUUGGUGAUUGAAAAUCUAGUGAAAUCUGGAGAAUGUGAUAUUGCCAAGAAGAUGUUUGAUAAAACGCCUGUUCGAGAUGUGGUUACUUGGAACACCAUCAUUGGAGGUUAUGUUAAGAAUUCUCGCUUUCUUGAUGCGUUGAGUAUUUUCCGCGGUAUGAUGAACGCCAAGGUUGAGCCUGAUGGGUUUACCUUUGCUUCUGUGGUUACCGGGUGUGCUCGCCUUGGUUCGUUUUGCAAUGCCAAAUGGGUGCAUGGUUUAAUGGUUGAGAAAAGGGUUGAAUUGAAUUAUAUACUCAGUGCUGCGUUGGUUGACAUGUAUGCUAAGUGUGGCAGGAUUGAUGUUUCAAAGCGGGUUUUUGAAAGUGUGGUGCGUGAUCACGUGUCUGUUUGGAAUGCUAUGAUUAAUGGGUUUGCCGUUCACGGGCUUGCUUUGGAUGCAACUGCGGUUUUUUCAAGGAUGGAGGUGGAAAAUGUUUUGCCGGAUUCUGUUACUUUUGUUGGGAUUCUGAAAGCUUGUAGCCAUUGUGGGUUAGUUGAGGUAGGUCGCAAGUACUUUGAAAUGAUGCAGAAUCAGUUUUUGAUUCAGCCGCAGCUUGAGCAUUAUGGGACCAUGGUUGAUCUCUUGGGACGAGCAGGGCAUUUGGAAGAGGCGUAUUCUAUGGUUAAGGCGAUGUCGGUGGAGCCUGAUGUUGUUAUUUGGAGAUCACUUCUGAGUGCGUGUAGAAUUCACGGAAAGAAAGAACUUGGUGAAUUUGCUAUUGCGAAUAUUUCGCGCCUUGAGAGCGGAGAUUUUGUCUUGCUGUCAAACAUGUAUUGCUCUUUCAAAAACUGGCAUGGUGCUGAGAGGGUGAGACAGAUGAUGAAAAAGGGAGGAGUUCAUAAAAAGCGUGGUAAGAGUUGGAUUGAAUUUGGGAGCAGCAUUCACCAAUUCAAUGCUGCUGAUCAGUCACAUGCUGAAACGAAAGCAAUUUACAGGGUGCUGGAAGGUUUGAUGCAGAGAGCUAAACUGGAGGGAUUCACACCCUUGACGGAUCUAGUUUUGAUGGAUGUGUCUGAAGAGGAAAAGGAGGAAAAUUUAUCAUUGCAUAGCGAGAAAUUGGCUUUGGCCUACGGUGUUCUGAAAAGUAGCCCGGGAACAAAAAUCAUGAUUUCCAAGAACCUGCGUAUAUGUCAAGACUGUCAUAAUUGGAUUAAAAUUGUGUCAAGAAUAUUAAACAGAGAGAUAAUUGUGAGAGAUCGCAUCCGUUUUCAUCAAUUUGAAGGUGGAUUUUGCUCUUGUGGAGACUACUGGUAGUUGUAUGAGAUCUAUUGCUUUGUUGCAUUGUUGAUUAGCCCUUCGCUGUUAGACAUUCUGGUUAUAAGGUUGAGAAGAAAGAAGCAGCUAUUUGGCGCCAUAUAAGAUAUGCUUACGACAUAGUCUACACCGAUUUAAAUUACACUACAUGUUUUUAAUAAAAAAGGCCUAUGGGUUUUUCUUAUAAA